AUGGGCAAGUCAAGCCCGCUAGUCGGAGUCACCAUUGAUGAGGGGACGGCCCCGCCUCGCCGCCCAUCUUCCGGACACGUGGAGCCCGUAUCCGACUGCUCGUCUCCCAUCUUUGGAUCGUCCGGAUUCAUAGACGCGGUGACGGCGUUCAUGGAGUCCGACGAGUCGGCUUUGAUAGGCCGCCAAGCGACAGGGAAUCAAGACCAGCCAGUGGUGGAUCCCGACGUGCUGUCCCGUCGAGGUUGGUUGGUUCUUGGCGAACGCCUGGAGCAGGCACAUCUCCCAUUUGCAGCCCUCCGUCGCGUCCCCGUGUCAGCCAUUGACGCGGGCGGCGUCGGUGUAGAAUUACCCGUUCCUACGGCGCCACGUGCGAUGCUGUUGGAGGGUUCGAGCAACCUCGCAAUUCCCGCAUCCCCUCUGGAGCAAGUGUUUGAAAAUACAGCUGUCAAGUUGUACCCAAGACUCGCGCUCUUCGAAGCACUAGCUCAGUUCAAGAGUCGUCAAGAAAGGCGAAACCCAUCUGGUGACGAUAUUGUCGAAGCCCGCAGGAACUUCUUGGAUUCGUUUGCCUAUCUCUGUGACGUCCAAAAAGGGGGAGCAACAGUAACUGCCGCUGGACUGCAGAAGCUAACUCACGGCAAUUUUCUCUGGCUGGCAGCAAAUGAGGGUGUGCGCAACGACAUCAAGACUUAUGCAGAAGCAAUUUUGUUUCAUCUAAAGCUUUCCGAGCCACCGCCAAGCAUGACCCAUGCUAAGGUCAUUGACUACUGCUACGAUAUGCGAGGGGACGAAGUCGGCGAAAUCAAGAAAAGGUCGAAAGAUGCAAAGGAUGAUUUCGGCAAGUUGGCUCAUUAUAUUGGGCGUCUUGGUGCGACUCGAUCAGCUGCCCAAUAUGUCGUCAAAGGGAGGAUGAAGGUUCCGGCUCUCAGCCAGAUAUCCUUUAUCCGCAUUGUCGAUGCACCGGUCAUCCGCAAGGUGACACUGGAUCAGGGAGACCUAAGCCCAUACGAGAUUAACGAAUAA